UUCUGUUUCUGACACGGCGCAACUUUUUCCGGUUGGACUCUGGAGACGUGGCUCUGUUUCUUCAAUAUUACGAGUCAAGCUGUAUGCCACCGUUAAAACCGAGCACAAGUCACCUCUCUGAUAUUUUGUGUUGUAGAAACAGCUGGACAGACAGUGUCCGUGACUGAGUCCGCUGACGAUCCUCGCCUGAAAGGGAACAGAUAUGGUGCUCUUGGCAGCGGCGGUGUGCACUAAGGCAGGAAAAGCCAUAGUGUCACGACAGUUUGUAGAGAUGACGCGAACCCGUGUCGAGGGUCUUCUGGCUGCCUUUCCCAAACUGAUGAAUACAGGCAAGCAGCACACUUUUGUGGAAACGGAGAGUGUGCGCUAUGUCUACCAGCCCCUGGAGAAACUCUACAUGGUUCUGAUCACUACAAAAAACAGCAACAUUCUGGAGGACUUGGAGACGCUAAGACUUUUCUCCCGAGUGAUCCCUGAAUAUUGCAGAGUGCUGGAGGAAAGCGAGAUCUCAGAGCACUGUUUUGAUCUCAUAUUUGCAUUUGAUGAGAUCGUAGCUCUGGGCUACCGGGAGAACGUUAACCUGGCUCAGAUUCGCACUUUUACUGAGAUGGACUCGCAUGAAGAGAAGGUCUUCAGGGCUGUCAGAGAGACCCAAGAAAGAGAAGCAAAGGCUGAGAUGAAACGCAAGGCUAAAGAGCUGCAGCGAGCAAGACAAGAUGCUGAACGUGCCGGAAAGAAAUCGCCAAGCUUUGGAGGUUUUGGAAGUUCAGGAAUGAGCAGCGUCACAUCAGCCACCAUCAUCACUGAUACAAUAGAGCCAGAGAAGCCCAGAGUGGCUCCUGCUCCAGUCAGGCCGAGUGGGUCCAGUAAAGCCCUGAAGCUGGGUGUCAAAGGAAAAGAGGUAGAUAACUUUGUGGACAAACUGAAGUCAGAAGGAGAAAAUAUCAUCACAUCCACUGCAGGAAGGAAGGCAUCAGAGGCAUCUAAAGUCCUUCAGCCUCCAGUGAAUAUUGAGAGUGUACAUAUGAGGGUGGAGGAGAGGAUCUCUCUGACCUGUGGUCGGGACGGUGGGCUGCAGAACAUGGAGGUUCUGGGCAUGAUCACUCUGAAAGUCACAGAUGAAAAAAAUGGCCGCAUUUCCAUACUCCUCAACAACAAUGACAAGAAGGGGGCCCAACUGCAGACUCAUCCUCAUGUUGAUAAAAAGCUGUUCACCACAGAGUCCCUGAUCGGUCUGAAAAACCAGGAAAAGUCCUUCCCUCUCAACAGUGAUUUGGGGGUUCUGAAAUGGAGGUUACAGAGCACAGAUGAGUCCCUCAUUCCUUUAACCAUUAACUGUUGGCCAUCAGAGAGUGGAAGUGGCUGUGAUGUCAACAUUGAGUAUGAGCUUCAGGACGAGGCGCUUGAACUCAAUGAUGUCGUCAUUACUAUCCCUCUGCCGUCAGGUGUCGGUGCACCUGUGGUCGGUGAUCUGGAUGGGCAGUAUAACCAUGACAGCAGGAAAAACAUCCUGGAAUGGUCACUUCCUGUCAUCGAUGAGAAAAACAAGAGUGGCAGCCUGGAGUUCAGUAUAAAUGGCAAACCUGACGACUUCUUCCCAAUCCAUGUUUCUUUUGUCUCCAAGCGAAACUUUUGUGAUAUUCAGGUGGCCAAGGUGACAUACAUAGAAGGAGGCAGUCCAGUCAAAUUCUCCUCAGAGACGUCAUUUGUUGUGGAUAAGUAUGAGAUCCUGUAAAUGUUUCCUGGUGGAGGAUCGUUUUAACCUGCCAGCCAGCUUAACGGAUCAGAGAGCGCGCUGUACGUCAACAGAGCGCUCAAAACAUUCUCUCACAUGGGCUGCAGUACUUCUGUGUUUCUGUUUGUCUUAAAGGAAAAUAAUCUACCUUUAUAUAAACUGGACCUUCAGCUGCUCAAGUACUAAGUGCAGUCAGCUACACCUGUCAGAAAAGACAAAAGAGAGUAAAAUAAAGCACUGCACCUGUAGACAUCAAGGGAAGAUCAUUCAGUGUCAUUCUACAGCAGACGCAUUAUAAGCCUGUAUGAACCCUCCUGACCCUUCAAAGAGAUUGAAAACUUAAUAAUUGUUGCAAGGAUUUUGUUUGGAGUUGCAGCCUAAUUGACCUUUUUUCAAACCAUGUGAUCCGCAUCGGCUCAUUAGCAAUUUGGGUUUAUUUCUAAUCAUCAAAGAAUAAAUGCUGGUUUCUAAUAUGGAAACAGACCUAAUAUUGUAGUACCAAAUGAAUGUGUGGGUGCUGAAUAAAUCAGCUGUGCUUGUGCAAUAAGAACUGACACUGCAUUAAAUGUGCAGUCCAAAUUUAGAAUCAUAAUUUUUCAUCUCUUUAAAAUGACAUCUCUGCUGUUUAGCUGUUAGUGAAUAUGAAUAUCAUUGUCUACAUCAAAAAAAAAAAAAAAAAAAAAAAAAAAAAACACAAAUGCUAUUUGCCUUAGUUUUCCCCCUCUUUUGGUGCAGUUAUAUUUAUAUAAUCAUUUGUUUGCAUAAUAAUCUAAACAGGAGGAUUUUUCAUUCUCUUGUUUUGUAAGUAAUGUUACACAUAAUCUGUUUAAAUGUUUGUGUUUUUUUUUUCUUGUUAUUCAUUGCUGCAUUUAUUUGGCUAAACAGGAAAAUAUAUUCUCUCUGGCUUCCCAGAUGAUAUUAAGAAUGGAUUUUUUUUUUUUGUAUAUUUCCAUAAUGUUAAAAAAUACAUUUAUCAGCGCACACUCAAAGGUGAUUAUGGAAAGCCAAGGGGAGGGUUACGACAUUCCAUUUUGCUGUAAGAUACUUAUGAAUACCUGUAAUCAAUAAUAAAGUCAGAUUUAAUUAAA